AUGUCAACCACACCGGGCUACAUUGAUGUCAGAGAUCAUAACUUUUCUCCUCAGCAGAAUGUGAUACAGAAUGACGACCCAGCCCUUCAAAACUCCUAUGAGCAUCAUCAUGAUCACGUGCACCAUGAUGCCCAGGCAGAGAAAGGUCGGGAAGACGAGCUCAUCUACUCCUAUGGUACAACUUUUGAGGGGCGGACUAUCCCGCACCAGGAUCCGCAGGACCAUGAUCUUCACAGAAAGCGGCAUGCAGAUAUGGCAAAAGAGCCAGCGGCAGCCGUUGAUCCUGAGCAAGGUACCAUGAGCCCCAGUCGCUCUGAAGAGGAUCCUCAAACCCACACCUUCUCGAACUUUUACAAAAGAUACCGCAUAUUCUUUCAUCUACUUGUUUGGAUUGUCUUUACCGGAUGGUGGAUCGCCGGGUUGCUACUCCAUGGCAUCCAUGACUCGUUAAGCUCGAAUACUGGGUGGCUCAAACCAUUCCUCUUCUGGCUUGCAGUUACCUUACGAAUUGUUUUCUUCCACGUUCCCAUUACUGUUGUCACGAAGCCCAUACACUGGACGUGGGAGAAAACCGGCGUGCGUUUUGCAGAGCUGUUGCCGGAACGGUUCAAAAUUCCACUGGCCGCUCUCCUAACCAUAUCCGUCUUUUUGAUCGGCGGAUUUGUCAGUCCCGAAAGUGAAGACAAUACUCGCGAUAAUCGAGCGGUGUCUCUAUUCGGGCUGGCUGUCUUCAUAUUCGUCCUCUAUGUGACAUCACGCAAUCGAAAGGCUGUGAAUUGGCACACUGUGAUAGUAGGAAUGCUAGUCCAAUUUAUUGUAGCCCUCUUUGUCCUGAGAUCAAGCGUAGGAUAUGAUAUCUUCAGUUUUAUUUCGGAACUUGCUCGAGAUCUACUUGGGUUUGCGAACCAGGGAACGAUAUUCCUCACAGCGGAAAGUGUCCCAUCAACCCAUUGGUUCAUUGUUUCCACUUUACCGGCAGUUAUAUUUUUCGUGGCCCUUGUCCAACUCUGCUUUUACAAUGGGAUAUUCCAAUGGUUCAUCGGCAAAUUCGCUGUCUUCUUUUUCUGGUCUAUGAGAGUAUCCGGUGCAGAAGCGGUGGUUGCUGCGGCCUCGCCAUUUAUUGGGCAAGGCGAGUCUGCAAUGCUCAUCAAACCGUUCGUCGAACAUCUUACUCAAGCCGAGCUUCACCAAGUCAUGUGCUGUGGCUUCGCUACCAUUGCUGGCUCCGUGCUCGUCGCAUACAUUUCCUUGGGUGUCAACGCUCAAGCUCUCGUCAGCUCCUGUGUCAUGUCAAUUCCCGCCUCUCUUGCCAUCUCGAAGUUACGCUACCCUGAGACAGAGGAGACGCUAACCACUGGUCGAGUUGUUAUACCCGACGAGGAUGAGCAUAAGGCUGCCAAUUCUCUCCAUGCCUUCGCCAACGGCGCCUGGCUUGGUCUCAAAAUCGCGGGCAUGAUCCUAUCAACCCUUCUCUGUAUUAUAGCCCUGCUUGGACUAGCAAACGGACUUCUCACUUGGUGGGGAAGAUAUCUCAAUAUCAACGAUCCACCCCUCACCGUCGAACUUAUCGUGGGUUACAUCUGUUAUCCAAUUGCGUUCCUCCUCGGCGUUCCGCGCAACGGAGACCUUCUGAAAGUUGCCCAACUCAUCGGCACAAAGCUCGUUGCUAACGAGUUUGUUGCUUACACGGCCCUGCAGACAGACCCUGCCUAUUCGGAUAUUAGCUCUCGCAGCAGGUUGAUAGUGACGUACGCGCUGUGUGGGUUCGCAAACAUCGGGAGCUUGGGAACCCAGAUAGGGGUCUUGAGCCAGAUUGCGCCUGGAAGGGGAGGAGAUGUCUCAAGACUGGCACUUUCCGCGCUUAUCUCAGGGGCUCUGAGCACAUUCACAAGUGCGAGCAUUGCAGGUAUGCUAGUUACCGAUCAGGCAGCUUACUUCACGCCGAGCGCUGCAAGUUCAUGA